GGGGGGGGGCAUCGGAGUGUGCGAAGAAGGAUUGUUUCUGCGACUUUGUUUUGCACAACGGGACCCCCCUGGAUUGCAGGCUGAAAUCCCAGCUGGGGAAGCAGCAGCAGCAGCACUUGCUCGUGCAGGACUGGAGGCGGCGGCGGCGGGAAGAGCGAUGGAAACCAGAAGAAGACCCCGCAGCUCUGCAGCAGCAGCGCCUGUGGCGGGAGGCUGACUCGGACGUCGGUCCCGCUCUAGGGGAGGCGACUGGCUCCCCCCGCAGCCCCGGGGUGGCGAAGACAGGCGGGUCAAGCCCGGCUGCUGCUGCUGCUGCCUUUGCUGGAGUAGCGGGCGCGGAAGGAAAGCGGGAGCGCGGGCCGCGGCCUCUCGGGCGCCCCCUCAGCCGGGCCAGGCGGGGGCGAGCGGGGACGAGGAGGCGGCGGCGAAAGGGCGAUGGCCGCCGGGGGCGAGGACGAAGGGAGCCCCGGCGGCGGCAGCAGCAGGCCGACCGCGGCCAAGGCCUCCCCACCGCCGCCGCCGCCGCCGCGAGAGGCCGAGCAGGAGGCCGGAGCCUCUCGACGCCCCCCGCCGCCUCGCUUGCCCCGGCUGGGCCUGGCCUUGGCCGUGUUGGCGGCCCUGCUGGCCGUGAAGUACUACCGGGACUCGGAGGCGGCCCGGCGGCAGGAGACGGCUCUAAAAUCUCUGGGGAAUGAAGGUCUUUUUCUGUUCUCCUCCCUGGAUACUAACAACGACUUGUAUAUAAGUCCUGAGGAGUUCAAGCCAAUUGCAGAAAAACUCACUGGCAUUGCUCCCAUCUCUGGUGUUGAGGAAGAAGAGCUGCUGGAUCCCAAUGGGGAGACUCUCUCGAUAGUUGCAAAAUUCCAGCCCCUGCUAAUGGAAACAAUGACAAAGAGCAAAGAUGGUUUUCUUGGAAUUUCUCACAUUGCCCUUACUGGGCUUCGCAACUGGACAGCCCCAGCUUCCCGCAUGAGUGUGAUGUUUGCCCAGCAAUUCAAGGCUUUCCUUCCCCCAAAGCAUAAAGUAGAACUUGGUGAUCCUUGGUGGGUAAUUCCCAGUGAGCUAAACAUCUUUACUGGAUACCUUCCCAAUAACCGCUUCUAUCCUCCAGCUCCCAAAGGCAAAGAGAUCAUCAUUCACAAGCUCCUGAAUAUGUUCCAUCCUCGGCCAUUUGUGAAAACUCGCUUUGCUCCUCAAGGAGCCGUGGCCUGUGUCCAAGCUGUUGCUGAGUUCUACUAUAAGAUAGCCUUCAGGAUCCAUGCAGAAUUCCAGCUGAAUGAGCCUCCAGAUUUCCCAUUCUGGUUUUCCCCCGCCCAGUUCACUGGCUACAUUGUCGUCUCCAAAGACUCCUCCCACGUUCGAGAAUUCAAGCUCUUUGUCCCUAACAACAGGUCUCUGAACGUAGACAUGGAAUGGCUAUAUGGAGCCUUAGAGAGCAGCAACAUGGAGGUGGAUAUAGGAUACCUACCCCAGAUGGAGCUGGAGUCUUUGGGACCAUCCAUCCCUACUGUGCUUCAUGAUGAAAAUGGGAAUGUGAUUGACAGCAGAGACCCUGAAGGGGAGCCCAUUCAGUUCAUAUUUGAAGAGAUUGCCUGGCAGCAAGAAAUCAGCCGGGAAGAGGCAGUCAGCAAACUGGAAGUUGCCAUGUAUCCAUUUAAGAAAGUGUCCUACCUUCCCUUUACCCAAGCUUUUGAGAGAGCGAAAUCUGAGAGCAAACUAGUGCAUUCCAUACUGUUGUGGGGCGCACUGGAUGAUCAGUCAUGUUGAGGUUCGGGGCGGACUCUCCGGGAAACAGUCCUGGAAAGUUCGCCCAUCCUUGCUUUCCUGAACGAGAGCUUCAUCAGCACCUGGUCACUGGUGAAGGAACUAGAAGAUUUACAGGCCAAGAGAGAGGAUGAGAUCAACAGCAAACUUGCAGACCUACACCUUGAGAAAUAUAAUUUUCCUGUGGAGAUAAUGAUCUGCCUUCCCAACGGCACUGUGGUCCACCACAUCAAUGCUAACUACUUCCUAGAUAUUACUUCUAUGAAGCCUGAAGAAAUUGAGAGCAGUAUCUUUAGCUUCUCUGCCAGCUUUGAAGAUCCUUCAACGGCAACCUACCUCCAGUUCCUGAAGGAAGGGCUUCAAAAAGCCAAGCCAUUCCUGCAAGCCUAAAUGGACAGGCUAACCCGCAGCGUCCUGUUGAUCACCAAAGAUGCAAGAAUUCUCGCUUCUGUCCACUCCUAGUGCUCGGGCACGACACAGUAUUGAAUAGCAAAGCACUGUACUUGAAUGAAAGGGCUCUCCAGAGCUGACACAUGUAAGUGUCCCUUGAAACCGUGAAACAGCAACAUGCGUCAUUGCAAUUAAAUGGGUUAUGUGGGUUCUUUUUGAAGGAGCUGAAGUUACAGUUCUCUUUCUAGUGUAUUCUGGGAUUCCAGUGAAUUGGAUCUUUGGGCUGCCAGCCCUAUAGAGUGGGGAUGGUGCAGGACAGAAAACUGAGAUGGGAUUGUGGGAGUUGGGUCUCCAUGCAUUUGGGCUGCCUGCCAUUGGUUUGGGUUUGGGCUCUGCUGUGUUGAUUCACAACUCAGAUACCAUCUUUUCACAUAGGUUCUAAUCCCUUUCAAGGCUCUAAAUUGCAUAUAUGUAGUCCAGGCUUCCUGUUUUAGGACAUGUGUGUUGCAAAUACCCAUUUGGCUUAAGUUGUCCUCAGUGGGUCAUAGAAACAUGGGAAGCUGCCUUUAUACUAGGGGUGUACACAGAACUGGUUUGGAACGACCGGCGAUUCCAUUGGUUCGAAGGGUUUCAUUGGUUUGAAGUGCUUGUGGGGGGUGCAUUUACCCCUCCCUCUGCUUUCCCCCGCUGGUGCUCCAUUUGCAGAGGGUCUGUCGGGGUGGCAGCGUACCUCCCUGCCUCCCCGUUGCCUCAUUGGACUCUACGUCACUGGAAGUACCUGAAGCACCUUGGAACUUCCCCCGCCCGGUUCUGUGCACAUCCCUACCUUAUACCGAAUCAGACCAUGGGUCCAUCUAGCUUAGAGUUGUCCACACAACUAGCAGCAACCCUCUCUGGAGAUGCCAGGAAUUGAACCAGGGACCUUCUCUUUGCAAAGCAGCUGCAAGGCACUGAGUUACAGUCCCAUCCUGAAGGUCAGAGGUUCCUUCAGGAUCGGAGCUUCCAUUGAUGAUUCUGGUUCAGAAGGCAAGACUGUUUUUGUGUUACACUCUCAGUGGUGUCAACAGAGCUGCUUAAAUUGCAUAGAUGCAAGGCACAAAUUGGGAAUCUUUUAUACAAGCAUUCAACAUUUUUAUACCAAGCCACCGAAGGUGCAGUAGAUGUCGUCUUUAUGGCCAUUGAAAUUCAAGCUGCCUAGUCUUACUCAUAAACAUGUUUAUAGUUUAUGGGCUGCUGACAGAAUGUUUCUGUUUAUAGGUAUCAUUAAGGUUGGUGGAAUCAUCAAGAUCAGAGGCCUGAACUUAAGGCUCUGGCAGGGUGAUGGCGUAUAGUGCAGAGACCUGGCAGCUCCAAGAAAGGAUGUUGUCAGUAAAAUAUACACAUAGAAAUGCAUCUGUAGAGUACAGGCCAAAGAAGUGAUAAGAAACAGCCAGGAAGGGAUGGAACACACAAGAAAAUGGGUUUGUCAAGAGCAGCUAAGGAGGAAAAAGGAAAACUAGAUUUGCUGUUAAAUAUCUUAUUAUCUCAGACUUUUUAAAAAACCACAUCUAAACUAGCAGUUGUACAGGGGCCUGAUCUAGAUCAGGACCAAAACGUGGAGGUAGGAAGUGUUUAACCUUCUGUGCCACUUUCCCUUCGAAAAUUCCUCCCCCUACUUACAGCAAGCUGCAGUGGGCCUCUGAAUGUGCUAUUGAAGCAAAUGGUACCUUUUGAGGACCCAUAAGUAGCUUUGGAGGUAAGAAUUUUCACAGGGAAUAUGGUACAAAGGUAAAGGGACCCCUGCAACUAAAUCCCUUUCUUAAUGGGCUCCCAGCACAACUGUUAGUUUAAAAUGAAAAUAAGCUGCAAACUAUAUAAUGACACGUUUUGAUUUCACAUCUAAUUUGGCCUUAAUUCAGCUAUUCCCACUCCUUCAUGAGUUCUGUUUCUUAAGGGUAUUGGUUCACUAUGUAACAGUAAUAUGUGCACAUUGGAAAGAUGUAUGUCAGGGCGCUGAAAUUGACUACAGCUCCCUACCAUGUAUGCAUGCAUAAGUACACACACAUUUGUCACCACAUAAUGUGCAAAUCAGUCCUCAGUUUCUAGAGAAGGAAAUAUUUUCCUUUUAAAUAAGCAAAGAAAGUAAUUAAUCAAUAUAUUUAAUCACUGAUAUCCUGUGCUAAUGCCCUUCACUUCCUGAAUCUGGUAAAAAGAAAGUGCUCCAAUUUUUAGGGCCUGGUCACACUGUUGGGCCACUUGUAACGUGCAAUUUCAAAUGUUAGAGUAAGUGAAAAAAUACUCUUUGCAUGCAAGCUCUUCCAUAAGCUGAAUACAGACUUGCAAAUUACAUCCGUCUAAGAUGGUGGUCUUCAAACUGAUUUAGGAAACCCAGAGAUGUUUAUCUGGGAUUCUUCACUUCAAGGAUCAGUAAUAUUAGUCCCAUAUGAACAGUGCCCCAAUAUGAACAGAGUGUUCAACCUAGAGCACUUCCCAGAAUCUUCUGCAGUGAGCAGAGGUUCAGUGGCAGAUAUGUAGGGUUACUUAGCAGAUGAGUCAAUGUGGAAAGGAUUCCCUAAAUCUAGUGUGUUUGAGAAGCAGUGUUCUAAAAAAGCCUAAACAAGAGAUGAUCUAGAGACAAUCAAAAAGUCUGAGAGAGUGCAAGCAACAUGAUACCCCUGUCAACUCUGGAGAUGAGAGCAGAGACUUGCAGUUUAAAGACCAAUUAAACUGUGUAUUUUAUCAAGGGCCCCAAAAUUGCAUGAUGAAAUUGCCACAGUUCUCUUUCUGUUGUGAAAUAUCGGACUAGUGUGCUGUAUUUUCUCAUGGUUUUUCAGUUGCAAUUCUGGAACACUUUGAUGUUUUCCUCUGGCAGGAAAACCACAUGCAAAAUUUCCAAAGCAUUAUGAAGUAUCAAGGAGAACAUAUAUAGUCCAAAAAUCCUUGAAGAGGAUUUGGAAAGCUAGGGGGACCUCAGGUGGAGAGGUAUUGCUCUUUUCCUUUGUCUGCUGUUUAUUUUUCAAGAAAAAUGAACUGUCUCCAUGCAUGCUUAUAUUUCUGGCAGAAAUAUAAUGUAAUGUUCUUUCAAGCUGGUAGGUCAGAGAGGCAUCAGUGGUAAACAAUCAAAAGCAGCUGUUCGGCACAGCAAGAUAAAGGUGCCUAACAAUAUUUUGUGUCCUUGGAAGGACAGUCUGUUUCGCAGUUCCUUCAAGGAACCAAGUUUAUAAAGGAAUGGCUUUUAAACCCUGCUCAUUUUGAUUGCUUAGGCCCAUGAUAUUUCCCAGCAUUAAUUUUAUAAAUAACCUCUAUGUGGGAUUUGUACUUCUUCAGUGACCGAUGCUUAAAAAUCAUAGAAUUCAGUCCAACCAUUUUUGAUGGUCCUUGCAAGUAGUAUUCAUGUCCCAAAACAGUGUUAUUCUUUUAUCACCUUAUGCAACUUUUCUUAGCCAUUGGAGUGUGAGCCAAAGCUGUCAGCAUUUCUGGUUUGAAAAUAGCACUUUUCAGCUUGGUCUGGGAUUUAAAAAACAAUUAAGGGUAGCCUAGCUCUGAAUUAUAUUUAGUUGUUCAGCUGAUCAUUUCUAUAAACUCUAGUUCACUGAAUUAAUCUAGAUCCAACUGCGAGGGUUUUUACAAAAGCUAAUGUUUACAUUUUUUUAAAAAUCCCUAUGUUAAAAUUUCAAGUAAUUAUCAGUUUUGUAAUGGAACUUAGAUGUGCAGCUGUGUCUGAGCAAUGUAAUAUAUUUCUGGAUUUGCCAGAUCUGUUUCUUGAGGCAUGCAAAAUGGAAUUGAGUAGAAGAUAUGAUUCCAGUUUAGAGGGGUAUCCAGGAGCUACAGCACAUAAUUUCCCUAAUCAUAAGUACCUAAGAGCAGAGCUGCUGGUUUGGGCCAAGACUUAUCUAGUCCAGCAUCCUGUUUCCCACAUUGGCCAAUCAGAUCAGAUAGGCCAGAAGAUGGCCCUGCUAUUGCUCUCCUGCAACUGAUGUGUAGAGACAAUAUUUUGAAUACAGAAUGCUGUAUUCUGACACUGCUCCUCAUGGAUAUACAAACUGGCUGGAGAAGAGAUAAUUUCUGAUCAUAGUAUUCAGAAGCCCUUGCUGUUAUUAAAUACAUGUUGCUCUUUAAUUUAGCAAAAUGUUCAGCAGUCUUGGCCUGUAGAAUCAAACCGGUUAGUGACCCAUGGCUUUCUCUGACAUCAGAGCAGGUAAGCCAACUGCAGCCAAGCAUGACCCUUGUGUAGCUGACUCACCAGGCUAUUUAUACCGUCCUGGUAGAAAAACACUGUCAUGGAAGAGGCGUGGUGUAUUAGGCAGAACUCGUAGUCAGAAUGGACAAGAGUUGAUCAGUUAUAUGCAAGCUACCAAUCGAAUGCAAAUAUUUGUGGGUUUUAACAAUUAUAGAAUCUAUUGAAAACAGGCACGGCAACCAGGCAGAAGAGAAGCAAAGGAGGUGGGUUGUGCAAUGAACUAGCAGAGGAUUAUUAAAUGCAGGAUAUAUACCUCCAGGCGUAGUCUCUAAGUGAUUCUGCAAUAGUACAGAAGCCACCCCCACCACCCCAAUUUUUGCUGUAGGAAUGAUGGUGCCACCAUUCAGGGGUCAGGCCGGAUUUCACAGGCACCUCUUGAAUGGUACCUAUAACAUUGCUGCAAGGCACAACACUUGUCCUUUCCCCAUUCUUCACCUGUGUUUUGCUAUUUUAAAUUCCCGAGCUGUGGUGUCACCACUGGACAGAUGGUGGCCCCCGUUUCAUGUAACAGCAAACGGCGGGUCCAACAGACUCACAGGUUGCCUCCCCCAUCCCACGCGAGUGCGGGGUGGAUGAUCACAAUCCCAGUCUGGAAGCCAACAACGGAGGCGGGACUGCCUGUGCGGGCUUCCUCUUGACACUGGAAGGAUAGCCCGCACUAGCCAAUAGAAUUGCAGCCCACGGGAGGAGUUUCCCACCCCCCUAACUCUGGUUAAGGGAGGAUUCUCAAGCCGGACGACGCGGCAUUAUCAACAGACCCUUGGUCUGGUGAGGGAGCACCAGUGUUGCAUAACAUUACCUUAAUAGUGUCCAGAGAUCAUACCAAACAACUGUGGUGUUGGUUGGAGAUUAUAUACUGAAGGUGUGUAUACUCUGAAUUAUCUGGCAAUUUUGUAUCCCUAACAUUUCCAAGGUCCCUAUCAUUUCCAAAAUAAAUAAAUAGGAACAUAAGAAGCUACCGUAUACCAAGUCAGACCCUUGGUCCAUCUAGCUCAGGAUUGUCUACACAGACUGGCAGCAGCUUCUCCAAAGCUGCAGAUGCUGCCAGGGAAGGAACUGGGGAACUUGUGAAUGCAGAUCAUCAUCUACCCAGAGCAGCCCCAUCCCCUCAGGGGAAUAUCUUACAGCAGGGCUGUGCAAGUCAAAUACCCUGGGGGACCAGAACCAACCAUGACUUGGUAGGCAGGGGCCGAGGUAAAUUUUCAGCACAUUAAUGAGUACAUUAAAAUUAAUUAUUAAAAAUAUUAAUGAAAGCAGUUAUUAGUUACUCACUAAAAAUAUUAAUGAAAGCAAGUAUUAGUUACCCACAACAUGAGGAGGGAAGAGGAGGCUCCUAGCAACCUUUCCUCUUCCUUGUCCCCCAUGUACUUUCAGCGCCUUCAAAGGUCAGUUUUGAAAGGGGGCUGACCCCCACCACGUCCCUGGGGCAAGGCAGCAUUUUGCACCUUACCUCAAGCACCACAAUACUUUGGGCCUGCCCUAGGACCGGCAGAAAAGUCCCAGUGGGCUGGAUUCGGCCCCCGGGCCUUGUGUUGUGCAGGCCUGUCUUACAGUGUUCACACAUGUAGUCUCCCAUUCAAAUGCAAACCAGGGCAGACCCUACUUAGCAAAGGGGACAAUUCAUGCUUGCUACCACAAGACCAGCUCUCCCCCUCCCCUUGCUUAAAAACAACAACUUUUUAAAAUUACUUUCUUUCUCCUGUCCAGCAUUCAUGUCCUAAACCAGCUGACCUAAGCCAGCAUUGGGAGUAGGCAGGGACACUAUUAUAAGCCUGUGGCUAGUGCAAGAAAGAACUCACAAAGCAAUCCCAGGUCUCCCUGGGAAAUUGAAAAGCCUUUAGAACACAACACGAGCAGAUACUUUUGUGUAACUAUUUCAUCUGUUCGGGUUUAGACAAAUGGACUUUAAACUAAAGUGGUGUCUUAUGACUUUUUUAAAAAUGUGCCAAGCUUUUCAUAUUUAUAUUCUCUCUAUAUUUCAAGAAUUUUAUAGCUAUUUUGAUAACUCCAAAGAGAGGGGAAAUGAAAGAGGUGUUUUUCUCCUUGUUCAUCUGUUCUUUGUGAUGGUCUGACCUUAAAUCAAGAAGGGGUCAGGCCUGAUUUUUGACAGUUGCUGUUAGGAGAAAAAGAGCUGCAGUCAUUUCAUUCUCUUCCUUUUUUAACUCUUUAUUUUUUAAAGGUUUUUUAUUUUAUUUUAUUGCUAAGAGCUUACUUUCUAGGGACAGCUAAUUUCAAGACUGUACAUUCUCAAUUACACUGGGAAUGUUUUAGAAUCAAUCCGUGUUACUAAUUGUAAAUUACAGUAAAAGCUUUGCGGGGCAGUUCAUAUAGUGGUAUUGAAGAGAUUUCAAAGAUUACUAAAAAGGCAGAAUAUAUGUGAUGUCAGUAAUGUGGAGAGCUACUUAUUUUUUUAAAAAACUGGCUGGCUUGUAUUUAUUACCUUAACCUGUGGAAGUACCCUUGAUGCUCCCUGAUAUGUUCUGGUCACUUUGAACAUUGGUGCAUUGAUUAUGAUUGUUCAGUACAGUGUAAAGAGAGAGAGAUAUAGAUACACAACACACUUCUAAUUUUUUUAAGGCUUCACAUGGUUAGCCAAGUGCAUAAAGCAAGUGCACACUUCAUUAAUGCACGUUUUCCUGUAGUGAAACACUGUCCAGUUCCACAAGCAGUGACUCGAUGUUUUUAGCAGAACUUCAUAGGUAUAUUCUUGUAUGGAAUGUCUUCAAUAUUGCCUCCUGUAACUGCUUCGCUUACUGUUUAUCCAUAAUAAAAACAUAAAACUCAAA